AUGUGGCCGCAGCAAGAGCCUCCGGCGGGCCUCCGGCGGACGCCUAGCGGCGUGGCGCUGCGCGCCGGCCUGCGGCCUCUGAAGAAGUGUCACACUGUGUCACCUCGCCGCGAAGUGUGUCACCAUAAGCAUAACCGCUUUCACGCUUGGGUGUGCUACAAAAGUGGGGACGCGCCUGGCGGCGCGCCCCCAAAAAUGUUUGGGGGCCUGACGACUCUUCUGACGCCCACUGCGAUCAUCUGCCGCCAAGUCAUAUCGUUGCUCAGCCAGCUCAGGCACUCGGUGCUCGAAUACUUGCACCGCUUGGCGCGAACCUGUACAAUGUCGGACUCCGACGAGCCGGACUGGGUCGAGGCGCAGAGCUCCGCGCAGAAAGCCGCGGCCAAGAGCCGCCUCUCCUCCUCCUCCAGCCUCAACCUCGACGGCUCCGACGAUGAUGAGGAUGCCGGCCAGAAGGAUGCGCCGGCGGCCAUCAAGCCGGCCAAGGGCGGCGCCGGCGGCAAGUCUCGCGCGCCCAAGACGCCGGCGUCGGCGCUGCCGCUCUCGCUCGCGCCGAGGGCGCGCCCCAUCGCCGCCGGCCCCUCUCCUGCCCUCGCCCGUCUCCGCUUGAGCGCCGCCGCGGCCGGCCGGGUGUACGAGGGCGACAUUGUGCCGAGCAACUCGUCCCUCUGCCUGGUCUCGCUCGACGGCAGCCGCGCGCGCGUCGAGGCCGUCUUCAGCGACUUUGUGCAGCUCUCCGCGCCGCACGUCUCCAUCUUUGAGAUGGAGCAGGUGCAGGACGGCGAGCUGGGCGCGCACUUCUUCGACGACGUCGACGACGCGAACUCGGUCCUCGACUCGGACGCCGAAGAGGAGAUGGCGCCGCUCAAGGAGCGGCGCGGCGGCGGCAAGAUGGCCGCGUCCAAAAAGGGCAAGGGCGCGGCGGCAGACGGACGGAGGGGCCGCCGACCGCUCCGCGCUGUGCUGACGGGUGGGCCUUGCUCCUUCUAG